AUGCGAAGCCGGAGCGCGGCGUGGCUGCUCGGGGGUGUCCUCCUGCUGGCGGCCUCUGCCUCCUGCAACCAAACCGUCCCAGGAAACAAGAGACCGUCUAAAGGAAGGAGCCUCAUCGGCAGCGUGGAUAACUCACCUGUGGUCACUGGCAGAGGAGUGACGGUGAAACCAGGCUUCUCCGUGGAUGAGUUUUCUACCUCCGUCCUCACUGGAAAGCUGACCACUGUCUUCCUUCCAGUUGUCUACACGAUCGUAUUUGUGGUUGGUUUGCCAAGCAAUGGCAUGGCCCUGUGGGUCUUUCUUUUCCGAACAAAGAAGAAGCACCCCGCUGUGAUUUACAUGGCCAACUUGGCCUUGGCCGACCUCCUCUCGGUUACCUGGUUCCCCUUGAAGAUCGCGUAUCACAUCCAUGGCAACAACUGGACUUACGGGGAGUCUCUUUGCAAGGUGCUCAUUGGCUUUUUCUAUGGCAACAUGUACUGCUCCAUCCUCUUCAUGACCUGCCUCAGCGUGCAGAGAUACUGGGUCAUCGUGAACCCCAUGGUGCACCCCAAGAAGCAGGCAAACAUUGCCAUCGGCGUCUCCCUGGGAAUAUGGCUGCUCAUUCUGCUGCUUUCCAUCCCCUUGUACGUCGUGAAGCAGACCGCCUACAUCCCGGCCCUUAACAUCACGACCUGCCACGACGUUUUGCCGGAGGAGGUGCUGGUGGGAGACAUGUUCAAUUACUUCCUCUCUCUGGCCAUCGGGGUCUUCCUGUUCCCAGCCUUCCUCACGGCCUCGGCCUAUGUGCUCAUGAUCCGGACCCUCCAGUCUUCUGCCAUGGAUGAGAGCUCAGGAAAGAAGAGGCGGAGGGCCAUCAAGCUCAUUGUCACCGUGCUGGCCAUGUACCUGAUCUGCUUCACUCCCAGUAACCUCCUGCUCGUGGUGCACUACUUCCUGAUCAAGACCUGGGGCCAGAGUCAUGUCUACGCCCUGUACAUCAUCGCCCUCUGCCUCUCCACCCUCAACAGCUGCAUCGACCCCUUUGUCUAUUACUUCAUCUCACAGGACUUCAGGGAUCACGCCAAGAAUGCUCUUCUCUGCCGGAGCGUCCGUACUGUAAAGCAGAUGCAGGUAUCCCUCUCCUCAAAGAAAUUCUCGGGGAAAUCCAGCUCUUACUCUUCUAGUUCAACCAGUGUCAAAGGCUCCUACUGA